CGUCCUUGGGUUAGCGCAACGCGCGUUGACAGAUGUGUGAAAUGUGAUGGCAUUUUUAUUUCUUGUAACCGCCUCUUAAUUAUUGUUAUUUUCGGUUGAUUACACAAGUUUUAAACAUAAAAACCAUGUGGCAUGAGGCAAGACGACAAGAACGCAAAAUUCGUGGCAUGUUGGUGGACUAUCGGCGAAGGGCAGAACGACGCCGUGAUUUCUACGAAAAAAUCAAAGCCGACCCAACUCAGUUUUUACAAAUCCACGGAAGACAAUGCAAGAUUCACUUGGACCCCUCCAUCGCAGCUGCGGCAGACAGUGCUUCGGCAAUGAUGCCGUGGCAAGGACAAGCUGAUAAUUUAAUUGACCGUUUUGAUGUAAGAGCACAUUUAGAUUUUAUCCCCCCUGUUAAGAAGGAAGAAGAGGAGGAAUUGACGUUUGAAGAACGGCAAAUUAAUUACGAACGGUACCGGAUUAUUGCCCAAAACUCGUUCCUUAGCAUCAAUGAGGAGAAGUUUUUGAAACAAUUGCAUCUGGAGGAGCAGUUUGGCUACACUGAGUCCAAGUCAAAGAAGGAGCAAAGGACUGGAGGUGCUAGUAUUGGGUUUAACUACGAGGACAACACUGCACAAACUUUGGCCCCUGACUACCACAAUGAUGAAGAAUCAGACGGCAAUUCUGAUUCUGAUUUGGACGUUGAUUUGUCCAUUAAUGUUUCAAAAAUGGAUUCGGUUCAAGCACACGAAAUGAAUCGCCACGGCAGAAACUUUGGGAUGAGCUCAAAUGAUUUUUAUUCGUUUCUUACAAAUGAUCUUGAAGAGGCGGAAAGCUUCAGACUUGCCAAAGAAGAAGAGCAUGAAAAAGCCUUGUUUUCAGGACGAAAAUCGCGAAGGGAGCGCCGAGCACAUAGGGAAAAACGUCUGGCUAAUAGGGUGAUAAGUCCUCCAAGUUACGCCGCACGGACAUCACCUACUUACCCUUCGUUUCGGAAAAGUAAAUCGCCUUCGAAAUCACCGACGCCGGAAAAUAGUGGCAAAAUUACAUACAUCACAUCGUUUGGUGAUGAGGAAGAAAGCCCUUCGACUAGUAAACCAAACAAUGAUAAGUCAAAGCAAGCAAAAAAGAGACGAAGAAAUUCUAGUUCAGAAAGAACAGUUUAUAGGAGAAGUUACAGUAGAGAAAAGAAUUAUAAAGGAAGGCGGUCAAGGAGUCGAGAUACGAGGAGUCGCUCAAGGGCAAGACGGCGAAGUAUCUCAAGAGAUAGAUACAGGAAGUCCCGGUCUCGUUCUAGAGGCCGCAGUUAUCGUCGUAAGCGUUCCACUAGUUCAUCGUCUGUUUCUUCAUCUUCGACUUCUUCAUCUUCAUCUAAAAGUAAAUCUCGUUCUUCAUCCCCAAAGUAUCGCAAAAAAUCGUCAUCGUCUCGUUCGCCCAGUCCUGUGAAAAAAUCAAAGUCAAAAAGUCCCGAGAAGAAAGAAUCUCCGCCGAAAGUCGUUUCUCGAUAUUACGGACGGAAGAAAAGUGAUCAAAGUUCGUCAGAAUUAAGCGAUACAAGCAUCAAGGACGAAGAAAUGAGAGUGGCAAAUAGCCCGGUCAACUCUGAAAAAUGGACUGGCUAUGGUAAUUCUGGCUCCGUGAUCAAAAAAACUGGCCAGAACUUGAGCAUUCAAGAGCGCCUUAAACGGAAACGCCAAGCCUUAUUAAAUAAACAAUUCAAAGCCGACAAAAUCGCGGAACAGUUAAAGACAGAGCGUGAAAAACAGGAACAGCAGACCAGAGAGCACGAGUUGCGCGAAAUGGCAAUAAAAUUGCGCCGAAGACAAAGAGAAAAACGCCACGCUUAUGAUAGCAAUAAAAGCUCAAAUAGUUCUGAUUCUGAUUCUAGUAAAAGUAAAAGUCCGCCGCCCACAGUUGAGAAUCGAGAAGACGAACCUCGAGCAAUAAAAACUCGAAGAAGACAAAGGGAGAAACGUCACUCUUCGAGCAGUUCCAGUUCCGACUCUAGCAAAAGCAAGAGUCCGCCUCCUCCUGUCCCAACCGUUUCAACAUACAAUUCGUACAAAAAUGAAAAAACACGAAGUCCAAGUCCGCACGCAAGCAGAAGGGAUGAUUAUCGAGAGGCGAGAAGAAGUAGGGAAAGAAGAGAUCACAGUCGUGAUAGACGGGCUUCAAGGUCGCCAAGAAGGUGCAACGAGAAAAAAGUCGUGUACAGAGACAGAAGGGACAGGAGAAGAGAUGAUUAUGAGCGAGACAGGGACUAUAAAAGAGAUAGUUACGACCGAGACCGUGAUAGGGAUAGGAGAGAGGAACGCGGUAGCCGCUCUUUAGUGGAUUACUGAUUUAAAUUAUGAUAAGUUUUUGUUUGUAAUAAAAUUGUUUAGUAGAGCUCACACGAGUAAUUUUUUUGAGGGUGAAUAUUUAAUAGCUAAGAAGUGAGAAAUAAAGGUUGAGGUGGAA